GAAAGACACUUUGCUGAGAGUUUCACUGUGGGUAAGAGGAUUUCUAUUUAACUAAUAUUCAAUUCAUUUGUCACGCUGAAAGAAAAAUGUAUUUACAUUUCAUGGUAUAAACGUCUUGAAUCAGUUAUUUUGAGCUGUAAGAAAUACUACAACAACACUUGUAAUGAAGUAUUUUAGAGUGUGUCAUGCGUCCACAGGAUAAUCUUAAGGUGUCAGCCACAGAGAUGUGAUCUGAUUGGUGAAAGGUCGCUGUGGCCACGCCCCUCCCCGUGUGAAUGGCAUGCAGCUUUUAGGACAUGGUAACCGCACACGGCGGCGUGACGGGACUCGUGCAGCAUUUGGGCAGCGGUGCAAGAAAUUAGAAGCCCAAGAUGGCGAGUGAACCGUCGCGGCCCGGCGCCCAGAGCGGAACCUUCGAGACCCAGCAGUCCCUGUCGCUGUUGGAUGUGCUCUGCGCCAAUCAGUUCGAGGGAAAGUCUUUCCCUCCGGAGCUUCUCCGUGAGACGGAGGAAAGCUUUUACAGAGGGGCCCCGCCCAAAUGGCUGAACUUCCACAUCAGCGAGCAGGGAGGGUCCGGCGGCGCCCGAACGCCCUUCAUCGCGCGAGACGGGUACGCCGCGCUGGUGGAGAAAAUUCGACACGCGAGGAGUAAACUCCAAGGAACAUCCACCGUGAAGCUGCUCCACCAGCCGGGAUGCGGCGGCACCACGCUGGCCAUGAAGGUGUUGUGGGACCUGAGGAGAGCCUUCAGGUGCGCCGUUUUGACGGGCUCGACCUCCGACGCCGCGAAGGUCGCGGAGGAGGUCGUCGCGCUUUUCACGGCGGGCAGCCGGCGCGGCAACAACACCGUGUUGCUGCUGGUGAAUGACGAGACGCUUUUGGAAAACCUGAAAGACGGCGUCAGGGCGAGGAUUGCCCAGGGGCCUAUUUCCACCUACGUGCCUGUGUUGAUUUUACUCAACUGCGUGCGAAAGGACGACGUUCGACAGGGCGACCACGUCGUCCUGCAGAAAGCGCUCUCCGCAGAAGAGAAGCUCAAAUUUCACGCAAAAAAGAGAGAACUCUACGAAAUGUACGGCGAACGAUGCCAUCGGUUCCACGGCUUCAACAUCCUGCAAACUAAUUUCUCCCCGGCUUACGUCGAAGCGGCCUGCUCCGUUUUCAAACCCACCAAAAGGGCCGACAGGCCGCGGAAGACGCAGCUUGCCGCCUUCCUGUCCCCGCUGAACGCCUACGUGCCCGGCUCCUUCCUGCCGGAGUGGCAGUGCCGGGACUUCCUCCAACGCGACGCCGACCGCCGCCGCGGGGACUUUUCCCUGGAGGACCGGAUGGAGCCCUUCAGCCACCUGCUCGUCGUGUUCCAGCGAGACGAAAGGGCCGACGGGAAGGUGCGCAUGGCCCACCCGCUGAUAGCGCGGCGUUGUACCGAGUUGAUGGCCGAGUCCGGCGUGACCAGAAGCGACACGGCGAGAAACCUGCUGACCCGUCUGUGCAAAGAUCAGAGUCCCCCGCAUGUGGUUGUCGGUUUUGUCAAAGGGAUGCUGACCAAGAGAGGACUAAAACCAAGACUGAGGAAUAAAACGCCGGGUCCGGCCAACGCAGCGGACACCCAAGAGGACGAAGAAAGGUACGCAAGGCUCAUCCUCGACAUCCAGAGGAUGGAGAGCAGACGACAGAGCGCGUCGGUUCUAAAGGCGGCGUCAAACCUGUUUGACGGCGAUCCGUUUCUCCCGCAGGCGCUCGCUCGUUUUUACUACACGGAGCUGAAAGACUACAACCUGGCCGAGUUGUGGGCCGAGAGGGCAAAGCUGAGAGAUCCGCGAAACUCGUUUGUCGCCGACACACUGGGCCAGGUCCACAAGAACCGUUUGAAGAACACGGCGGGAUCUCUCGGCCCGCUCGUGGUCCUGCAGCUGGCCUCAAGGGCCAUCGAAGCGUUCAAAGAUGAAGAAAAACUGGCCGAAAAUGAACGCGGGGAGGACAUGAGAGGGGACGGCGACACCAGAGUCUCGCAGCAUUUCAACAUCAGAGGGCAGUUCGGUUAUUUGCAGCUCUGCAACGACGUGUUUCACCUUCUGGUCGAGCAGGAGGACACUUGGAGAGAGGUUCUCACCAAGAAAGUGGCCUUGGACGCCGCCCUGGAAUCACUCGGAGACGAGCGGCUCAUCCGAUUCAAGGGUCUGAUAGACAGCCUCAGGGGGGAGAUUGAGAGAAAAUGCGCCUUCUUCAACAAGUAUCUGACUUACUCAAAGCCCAAGUUGAAAGAUGACCCCGACUACAUUUCCGCGGGCAGCUCAGAGUGCUACGAGAACUUUGUCGGAAGCUACCCACCCGAAGAUCUCAAGCGAACAGGCGCUGUUCUCAUCCAGAGGCUCAAAAAGAAAAAGGUGUACACCUCGGCCGCAGUGCUCUCCUGCCUGGAGAGCGAGUGCAGGGAAUCGGACCUCAAAGAAAUAACUACAUGGUGGGAGGAGAUCUUUCGUCAGAAAGAAUCCAUCAACUACAUCGUCUCCCUUGUCGUGCGCACGAACGCGGACGCGGCCUUCCCCUCUGACCGCAAACGUUUGUCUGAACUCAAACAGAAGAUGCCCGAGAUCCUCAACGACUCGCCCGAGCUCCACAUGUUGACCCUGCUCCUCUGCUGGCCCGCGGACGGGGAAGCCAGAUGUGCCCUGGACCUCGGGCAAUUGCUCCGACGAAUGAAGCGCUCGUUCGAAGUUGCGUAUGAGAUGCACCUGCGAUCAAGGCGCCUCCGCCCGCUGUUCUUCGUGGGAAACGGCAAAGGCCUGGACAGGAUGGUCCACAGAAAGGUCCUGGAAAACCUUCUGCUCGAGCAAAGCCAGGAGACAAAACAAGACCCCUGGAGCGGAGAGAGGAUUUUCCACGAUCCCGAGGUCCAAGCGCGCCUCGUCAAGGUGGAAGGGGUGGUGCGCAACUACCGGCUCUUUGCCACCGUCGGCGGCGCGGUGGUUGAGUUGGAGGCGAACAACCAGGACAGCCUGUGGAGACCGCGGCGGGUCUCCUUUUACCUCGGCUUCACCAUCAGAGGCCCCGUCGCCUUCGCCGUGCAGACGGACAAGAAGGGUAACGCGCAUGAGCCUGAGAUGCUGUCAGAAGAAAACUCAAGGAUGAAAAACACAGAUGUCACUGGAGAGUCAGAGUCAGUCCUUCGACAUGUGACCGGCCCCGGAGGCAAAGACGCGCUCCGUUAGAUCCUCAAGAAGACGACGUGCUGAUGAGGCUCAAAAGUAAAGUGAUAUUAAGCAGUGUGGUGUUUUGGUUUAUUAGAACGGGACUUUCAUUUUUUUUAAUAAUUUAAAUGCGACGUGUCACAAGGAUGUAAAAAACGACAGUCGAAAAUUUCGGCAAAGAUAUUUGUUUGAAGCCUUUGACAGAAUUAAAUAACCAAUAAAUGAUGAAUAAAUUAAUGCAUUUUUGAUUUAAAAUGAUCCAUUCAACUAGAGUAGCCUAAAAAAGUGUUUAAGAGUUCUUUGAUUUGCUUCGUUUUUAGAGUUAUAUUUUUGUGUAACGGUUUUAUUUUGUACACAGAAUUGAAUAAAUAAGACAAUGACUUCAAUCAGGAAAAUAAGCAGGUUUUUAUUUUCACAAAAUAAUGUAAAACAUUAAUGUAUACAGCUUAUUUUCAUGCCGAUGCAUUCCGUUAACUGAAUAAAUAAAUAAACAAGGGGGAUCCUCAAUAAGUCAACUGAGCGAUGAGCCCCUCCAGCUCUGGACGACCUUUGAACCGCGCCUGGAAAUGGGCUUCGGUGUGCUGAGCGGAAACACAGAAAGAGGCGAGGUCGUUACGCACUCACGUGUACACAGCGGACAUGGAAACAGGUUUUCAAAAUCGCUGUAAUUAUCCCGGCGGUUCACUCCGCGACACCUCUCCAGGAAGUAGACCGACUCACCUCGCUCACAGAGAGCUCAACGCCCUCCGGUUGAUUCUGCAGCAGCACGUCGAGGAGGACGGGGCACGCCGCGGCCUCCAGGCUGCUCAGCUGGACCAACAGAGGACAAAGGAACGGGGUCAAACGGGCGGGCGGGCAACCCCCCUUCGGGGGAGGCACUCGGCAGCUCGAACAUCCGUACCUGGACGACGCGCUCGUGGGUCUUCAGGACGGCGUCGACGAACAUCUUGGUGCCUUGCUCCUGCAUCAGCAUCACCUCCGUGGUCUUGGUCGGCAGAAUGUAACUGAGGGAAAGUGGGCGGAAAAACACGGAAGCGUUGGAGAUUCCUGCCGAUUUUCGUCCCCACGCGGAUGAGGAAUGAACAUCUCACCUAUCGGCCACUUUGAUGCCGAGCCGGUUGCAGAGGUUGUGGAUGUACUGCGAGUAGUGCUCCACCAGCGUCAUGUCGUAACCCGACACCGUCACGUUGAGGCUGCCGUACGCCGUGUCCGUCUCGGCCAGGAUCUCCUUCAUCUGGAGCUUGUCUUUCUUUUUCUUGGGCUGAAAAGACACGAGACGCCGCGUUUUGGACUCUCGAUUCUGCAUUAAGAAAACCCGGUAAAAUCAGUUGUUAGAAGCGAUCGACUUUUUAAUCCCUUCUCACCGCUUCCUUCGGUAAAAGAUGUCUCCACCUCCCAAUCCCGUGCGUUGGCAUCGUUCUGUAUUGUCUUUCGUUUACAGACGCUGAGAAUGAGAAGAAAAUGUGUCAAUUUAAAUAGAGAUGUGGUAUGAAUAUGCCAUACAUUUUAUCCCAAAAAGUGAUGCAUUCGUAAUGGUCUUUAAGUACUCACCACAAGCCGGAUGCUGCAGUGAUGGCGUGGCCCUUCAUAUAAAAUAAUACGUGUUAAGAGACGUUAUUAAUAAGACACAUGUCUAAAUCAACAAAGCCAAUUAGGACCUAUUAGAGAAAGCGUUAAGUCUGGAUUCUUGUGACCAACCAGUUAAUCAAAAAUAUUAAGUAUAUUUUACAUUAGUUACAGUUAUGUUGCUGCCUGAUUCUCUGCAGGGAAAGAAGACGACGACGACUCACCGGCAUGACGCGAGCGCUCGCUGCAACACGAAGGCCUGGCGCGUGACCUGCAGCAGAAGAAAAUCAGCCUUCGACCAGCAAACGCUUCUCAAAAACAUCCUACUAGUUUUGAACAGUCAAUCACACAGACCUUUGAUACGGGAGGACAGCACAUGAUGAUUGACAUUUGUUUUUUGCUUGUUUUAUUCUUAUAUUGCAGCAAUUCACCAAGUGGCUUCGGAUUCUGUUUCUGGUGAAAGUUUGACCUCCACACACAUGAUUUCAAAUGAUUAAAAUAAAAGUAAACAAUUUAACCCUUUUAAAAUGUUCCCAAUAUCCCUCCCAAAAAACUGCAAGGGCCAGUUGCACUACUGGUAAAAAAAAAAAAAAAAACACGUGUUUAACUGGUUUUGUGGAUGUUUGCAAUGCUACUUAAGUGUAUAUCAAGUUGUGUUUUAAACGUUUAAAAGUUCAAUAUUUUGUAAAUGAUCACUUUAAAGACGAAUCAUUACAAAGCUACUUCCAUACAAAAUAAACACCUUUCCAGACAGUA